AUGGGGAAAUCAAGCAGAGUGAACCAAUCUGGUGCUUCAGACUUCCUCCUUCUGGGACUCUCUGAGCAUCCAGGUGAGCAGCCUCUUCUAUUUGGCAUCUUUCUGGGCAUGUACCUGGUCACUAUGGUGGGGAACCUGCUCAUCAUCCUUGUCAUCAGCUCUGAUGCACACCUCCAUACUCCUAUGUACUUCUUCUUGGCAAAUCUGUCCCUAACUGAUGCUUGUUUUACCUCUGCCUCAGUCCCCAAAAUGCUUGCCAACAUUCAUAGCCACAGUCAGACCAUCUCCUAUUCUGGGUGCCUUACCCAGCUAUAUUUCCUCUUGAUGUUUGGUGGCCUUGACAACUGCCUUCUGGCUGUGAUGGCAUAUGACCGCUAUGUAGCUAUCUGCCAGCCACUCCAUUACAGCACAGCUAUGAGUCCCCAACUCUGUGCACUAAUGCUGUGUAUGUACUGGGUGCUGACCAACUGUCCUGCCCUCAUACACACACUACUGUUGACCCGUGUGGCUUUCUGUGCCCACACAGCCAUCCCCCACUUCUACUGUGACCCCAGUGCUCUGCUAAAACUUGCCUGCUCUGACACCCACAUUAAUGAGCUGAUGAUCAUUGCCAUGGGCUUGGUGUUUCUUGCUAUUCCUCUCAUGUUGAUCGUCUUCUCCUAUGUCCGCAUUUCCUGGGCUGUGUUGGGCAUCCCUUCUCCUGGAGGGCGUUGGAAAGCCUUCUCUACCUGUGGCUCUCAUCUUACAGUUGUUCUACUCUUCUAUGGAUCUCUGAUGGGUGUGUAUUUACUUCCUCCAUCAACUCACUCUGCAGAGAGGGAAAGCAGGGCUGCCAUUCUCUACAUGAUUGUCAUUCCCAUGCUGAACCCAUUCAUCUACAGCUUGAGGAAUAGAGACAUGAAGGAGGCGUUGGGCAAACUUUUUGGUGGUGGAAAAGCAGUCUUCUGA